GCCCUGCUCAAGAUGCGCGGCCAGCCCGGCACCCACGACACCGCGCUGGUCCGCGAGUUCUUCGACAGCUUGACCGUGACUACCGAAACGUCGCCGCGAGUGGUCUGCAUCCCCGAGUUCGACAAGAGCCGCUUCCACGGCGAGGGCGACCGCGUGCCCCGCGACGAGUGGCGCCGCGUCCCCGUCUCGCUGGACUCGCCGGUGGACGUGCUGGUGCUGGAGGGGUGGUGCGUGGGCUUCCAGCCCCUGAGUGAGCAGGCCAUCGAGGCCAAGUGGACGGCGGCCAAGGCGCAAUCCCCCGAGUCGGGGGCGGACUCGGAGUCCGGGUUCCCCACGCAAACCCUGCAGAACCACGAGCUGUCCAGCUACUACACUAUCAACGCCAGCCUGCGGAACUACUGCGACAUGUUCAUGGGGCCCCAGCACCUGGACUUCCUGGUGCAUCUCGACACCGACGAUCUGGCCAACGUCUACCGCUGGCGCAUGCAGCAGGAACAUGCCCUGCGGCGGGUGAAGAAUCAGGGCAUGACGGAUGAGGAGGUCGUCGCGUUCGUGAAGGGAUACAUGCCGGCCUACGAGCUGUAUCUGGAUCAAGUGCGCGAGGGCAUCUUCCGGGGAUUGUCGGAGGAGGAGCGUGCGCGCAAGGGCCAGGCGAGAGUGGUUCUGGGGCAAGAUCGGACGGUCCUGGAUAUUGUUGGCUAUAACUAAAUUGCACGGGAUCAAUCCCUCGGGACCUCGCUGGUUGAAGUCCUCCGGCAACAAUGAGAUAUG